GCUUAAAAAGUAAAACAAAGAUGCCUCGUAUAAAGCAUGUAUUUUCUAAAGUUUAUGACGUGCCUCGUCGUCCAUUCGAGAAGGAGCGUUUAGAUCAGGAAUUAAAAUUAAUUGGCGAAUUCGGUCUACGAAAUAAACGUGAAGUUUGGCGUGUCAAAUUAACUUUGGCAAAGAUUCGUAAAGCUGCUCGGGAACUUUUAACAUUGGAAGACAAGGAUCCCCGACGCUUAUUCGAAGGAAAUGCUCUUCUUCGUCGUUUGGUUCGUAUUGGAGUUCUUUUGGAAGAUAAGAUGAAAUUGGAUUACGUUCUUGGUUUGCGUGUUGAAGACUUUUUGGAACGUCGUUUGCAGACGCAAGUUUUCAAAUUGGGAUUGGCUAAGUCAAUUCACCAUGCUCGCGUUCUUAUUCGCCAAAAGCAUAUUCGAAUUCGUCGACAAGUAGUCAAUAUUCCAUCGUUCAUUGUUCGUCUCGACUCUCAAAAGCAUAUUGACUUCUCCACAAAAUCUUAUCUUGCUGGUGGACCUCCUGGACGUGUCAAGAGAAAGAAUUUGAAGAAAGCUGCUUCGGGAGGUGGAGGAGGAGGCGGUGACGAUGAAGAGGAUUGA